CAGUCAAGUCUGUGUCCGUCUCUGUGUGGAGGUUUGUGGGGAAGGAAGGAGGGAGGGAGGCAUUCAGGCCAGGUCAAAGUUCACAGCUAGGUCACCUGAUUGGCUGAGCGAUGCCGUGACGGGCAGCAGGUGUUUACAUAUAGAGUCUCAGCGACCGACUCCUGUUUCCUCCUCUGAUCCAGCCUCGGCACACCUCUGCAGCACAGUGAGGAAGGUGAGAAACACCUGAGACGCUUUUAACAGGAUUAGUCGAGCUGAGUCUGAUCGAACAUCUGAGUCAUCUCAGCGUAAUAAAUCAUCACGAGGAAGUCGUUUAUCCGGACAAACGAACGAGCGAGUCAUUCUCUGGCACCGCCGGCCAGCGUCCGUCAGUCUGAACCAUGAGUUCCAAAAACGUGAUUUUCAAGAAGAUUUGCAAAGACAAGUCGGUGAUUGGAGUCUACAUGGGGAAAAACUUUGUGGACCGUGUGGACUCUGUGGACCCAGUGGAUGGCGUCAUCCUCAUUGAUCCGGAGGCCCUGCAGGGGAGGAAAGUGUUCGUCACGCUGGCGUGCACUUUUCGCUACGGCAGAGAUGACAUGGAUGUGAUCGGGAUUGAUGCCUUCCGCAGGGAGCUGUACCUGUCCACCCGGCAGGUGUACCCGCCCCUGCAGGACCGCGAGAAGGGGAUCCACAGCAAAGUGCAGGCCAAGCUGCUGCGCAAGCUGGGGAACAACGCCUACCCGUUCUUCUUCGAGUUUCCCGAUAACCUGCCUUGCUCAGUGGCUCUCCAGCCAGCACCCAAUGAUGUUGGAAAGCAAUGUGCUGUGGAGUUUGAGAUUAAGGCGUUCAGCGCUGAGAGCCAGGACGCCAAAGUCCGCAAAAGGAGCACAGUGAAGCUGAUGAUCAGGAAGGUGCAGUACGCCCCGGAGGGCGAGGGGAUCGCGCCCUGCGUCGAGACCUCCAAGGACUUCGUGAUGUCGGAGAAACCCUGCCACAAGGCCAGUUUGGAAAAAGAGGUUUAUUAUCACGGUGAGCCCAUCAAAGUUCACGUCAGCGUCACAAACAACUCCAGCAAGAACAUCAAGAACAUCAUCCUCUCCGUUGACCAGGUUGCCACGGUGGUUUUGUACUCCAACGACAGCUACGUCAAAUGUGUGGAAAUCGAGGAUUCUGGGGACUCGGUGUCUCCCGGAGCGACGCUGCAGAAAGUCUACACGAUGCUUCCUCUGCUGGCCAACAACAGGGAGAGGAGGGGCAUCGCUCUGGAUGGCAAACUGAAGCACGAAGACACCAACCUGGCUUCAUCGAGCAUCAUCAAAGAGGGCGUGCUGAAGGAGGUCCUGGGCAUCAUGGUCUCAUACCGAGUCAUGGUGAAGCUCAUCGUUGGAGGGAUGAUGGGAUCGAGUGAAGCGGUCUGGAAGUUUCCCUUCAAACUGAUGCAUCCCAAACCUGAUGCAGUCAAACGUACAUCCAGGAGGGAGGAGAUCGUGUUCCAGGAAUUCAAGCGGUCCUACCUGAAGGGGAUCGUCGGCGAUGAUGACGAUGAGGAAGGCAACAUCGGGGGUGACGACAUGGCGCCCAAAGAAAAUAGAGGAGAGUGA